UGAGAUUAACGUUUUUCGAAAAAACUCUUCAUCGGAUAAAAUAAGUUUUACUUAAAUCGUACUUUUAUGAUUUGGAAAAGUGUUCGAGCUAUAUAUUUUAUUAAUAACUGAACGAUUUUUUCCCGUGUAAAAAUUGUAAAAUUGCAACGUAUGCGAUUGGAAGAUUCUUUAAGACGUUUUGAAACGUUUCAACUCAUACGGAUAGUAAAUCGUACGUCUUCUCAAUACACGGUUGUCUAAAACGCAAUGCUUUUGCAAAAGCUGCUGCCAUUUUUUGUUCAAAUAGUCCUGUUGUUGCAGCUCGGCGCUUCAGCUAAAGUCGAGCUCGACGUGGACGAAUUGAAGUUGCAAAUCAGCAGCCAUCUCAGCUACACAGCGCGUCGUUUGGCGCUCAUACAGAAAAAUGUCAACGUAGAAUAUACCAACGAGUUGGCACAAUUACUCGCACGUUACCUAACAGCCACGAAUGUCGAAGAUCCCUUAGUUGCCGAAAGGGAGCUACUCGCGUACGAAGAUGAACAGCGAGAGGAGUUCAUAGCAUACCUUCACCUGCAGUACGAUGAGCAAUUCCUUAACGAGGAUAUACGAAUACAGGAGUGGAGCAUGCGUCAACUGUUGCCACAGGUGAGUUCUGAAAUGGCAGCGGAAAUUGAGAAAAUAUUGCCGGGUUAUGAGCGCGCGGUAAAGAUGGCUGAUUUUGAUGAGAAAUAUGCCGCUUUCACCGGCAUACAAGAAGAAUUCUCUGCAGCGCUAUGGCAACUGAUCGAUGCGGAGCCUGAAGAUAUUGCGGUGUUGAAUGUGCAGUUGCAAUUUUUCAAGGAAUUUAUAUUAUAUCUGCAGAAGCAAGAGGAUGCGUUGUCAUUUGCAUCUGCGUUAAAACAAACUCUUGCAGAGGUAGAAACGGCCUUGUUGAGUGUGGAUUUAAAGCAGAAAGUUGAGGUGUUGGACAGUUUCGAUGAUUUAACAACGAAGUUCAAGCGGUAUUUGGAUUAUAAAAUAUUGGAAUUUCAAUUCGAUCGAUUUGGACAGUAACGGUGCUUUGAUAUAGUAAAGUGGUUUUGGGGGAAAAUUCUUUUUUUUUGCAAUGUGAAUUAAAACUACUUUAAAAA